AUUAUAAAACAAAAGGGUAACUACCUGGUCUCAAGAUUGGGACAAAAAAACCCUAAUUGAUUCCUGCUCGUCGGAGGAUCACUAAAUCAUGGGUCGAUUACUCCCUCUCCCUCGUCGCCUGCCUCCUCGCCACCGCCUUUUACUAGUACCUCAAGAUCCACCGCAUGCGCGUCAAGAUCGCGGCGAUUGCUGGAUCAGCGGGGAAGAGCGCCAGCGGCGGAGUAGGGGAAUCGGGCGCCGACGUACUCUUGAUCAUCGGUGAUGGGGAUCGUCGGUGGAAGGCUCGUGUGGAGGUUGAUCGACGCCGGAACAGAGAAGGAAAGAGAGGCAGAGGAAAAAAGCUGCGCGAAGAUGGAGGAAACCCAGAUGUGGGAAGGGAAAAUUGGGAUCGCGGCGGCUGCGGGAUCGGCGGGGAAGAGCGCCAGCGUCGAAGGAGGGGAAUCGGGCGCCGAUGUACUCUUGAUUGUCGGUGAUGGGAAUCGUCGGUGGAAGGCUCGUGUGGAGGUUGAUCGGUGCCGGAACAGAGAAGGAAAGACAGACGGAGGAAAAAAGCUAGGCGGAGACGGAGGAAACCCAGAUAUGGGAAGGGAAAAUUGGGGCAUCGGGAAUUAGCGAUGUAGAAGAUUUUAAUUUUAUUUUUUUAUAUUAAAUUACCUUUUUGUCC